AUGCAAUGUGGAAACUCAGUGGAUAGCGGAGAAAGUAGUUGCAUGAUAACACGCCUUCUUGAUAUGAUGCUUUACCUUUGUGAAAGAGGACAUGUUGAGGCUGGUAUGGUAUUCCAGCUCUUAGAAGAUCUGACGGACAUGUCAACUAUCAAAGAUUGCAAACAUGUCUUUGGGUAUAUCGAGAGCAAACAGGAUGUCUUGGGGAAGCAAGAAUUAUUUCGGCGUGGCAAGUUGGUUAUGCUGAGGACAUGCAACCAAUUACUCCAAAGACUUUCAAAGUCAAACGAUGUGGUCUUCCGUGGACGAAUUAUCAUGUUUCUGGCACAUUUCUUCCCGUUGUCAGAGCGUUCAGCUCUCAACAUCAAGGGAGUUUUCAACAUAUCAAAUGAAACUAAGUAUGAGAAAGAUCCCACCGCCGGAAUUUCUGUUGACUUCAACUUCUACCAGACCUUGUGGAGUCUUCAGGAGCAUUUCAGGAACCCAGCUUCGACUACUACAAACCCAACAAAAUGGCAAAAGUUUGCUUCUAAUUUAAUGGUCGUGUUAAGCACAUUUGAAUCUCAGACUCUCUGUAGUGCUGAUGGAAAGCAUAACAAUACUGAGCAGGAGGGGGAUGCUGCUUCCAAUAUUAAGUACCUUACUAGCAGUAAAUUGAUGGCUUUGGAGUUGAAGGACGCAAGUUUUCGAUGCCACAUCCUUGUCCAAUGCCUUAUAUUUUUUGAUUGUCUGAAGAGGCAAAAAAAAAUAGCACUUCCCCUCUAA